AUGAGCAGAAUAACAACAGCUUCAUAUGGCAUACUGGCCAGCAUCUGUGUAUCCUUCAGAAACCUGGACAAAGGGGCUCUCCGAACCCUAUAUUCAGCGAAGUAUGUGUCUCGCUUGACACAGUAUGUGUCUCGCUUGACACAGUAUGAGUCUCGCUUGACACAGUAUGUGUCUCGCUUGACACAGUAUGAGUCUCGCUUGACACAGUAUGUGUCUCGCUUGACACAGUAUGUGUCUCGCUUGACAUUGUAUGAGUCGCUUGACACAUGUGAGUCUCGCUUGACACAGUGUGAGUCUCGCUUGACACAGUGUGAGUCUCGCUUGACACAGUAUGAGUCUCGCUUGACACAGUAUGAGUCUCGCUUGACACAGUGUGAGUCUCGCUUGACACAGUGUGAGUCUCGCUUGACACAGUGUGAGUCUCGCUUGACACAGUGUGAGUCUCGCUUGACACAGUAUGAGUCUCGCUUGACACAGUGUGAGUCUUGCUUGACACAGUGUGAGUCUCGCUUGACACAGUAUGUGUCUCGCUUGACACAGUAUGAGUCUCGCUUGACACAGUAUGAGUCUCGCUUGACACAGUAUGUGUCUCGCUUGACACAGUAUGUGUCUCGCUUGACACAGUAUGAGUCUCGCUUGACACAGUAUGAGUCUCGCUUGACACAGUAUGAGUCUCGCUUGACACAGUAUGAGUCUCGCUUGACACAGUAUGAGUCUCUCACCGUGAACGCCACACUGACAAGUAAUUUACAGACCAGAAUAUUUUCUCGCCUUAAUUACGCAACAGAAAAUUAG